AUGUUUGGAAAUUCUAGAGUUAGACCUAUACUAAGGGUCGUACAGAGGUUUAAUAUAUCAAGUGCUCAAAUUGUAUCUAACAACACGAAUAAUGCGCUCCUGCAAUUCCUCCAACCCAAUGUACAUCAACAUACUCCCAGUAAUACAAUAAAUCAAUUUGAAAUGCAAUAUGGUGGAGAGUUAAAUAAUUUUAUUGAUGAAAGAAUUUCACCCAGACUCGCCCAUUUUUCACUAGAAACUCCUAAUCACAUAUUACGACCAGAACCGAUCUUGCUAGAAAAUAUUUCCCUCAAUUAUCUAAGGGAACACAUCACCACAAUAGCACAGCCUGUACUGGAAUGGCUUAGGACUGAUAAUCCUAGGUUAGCAAAUUUAUUGGAUCCAAGAGUGAAAUUAUUCUUUACCAAAGUAGCAGAGUAUACAGCUCAUUAUGGUCUAUUGCUGGAAGAUAUUCUGUCACAAGAACUGAUUAAUCAUGUUAGUUUGUUAACGAAUUUUAAGGAUCUAUUUUCACUAGCAUAUAUAAAUGAGCAGAAAAGACUCUUGUAUGGUGAUAAUUCAUUCCCUAUCCUAAUUAAUCAAAGGGAGUCUCAUCAUUUUUUGCAGUUAAAACGGCAGAUUUUAAUAGAAAAACUGAGCCAUUUGGAGUCUCUAAACCGUGCGAAUGAAAACGCUUUUAACAUUAUUUCAAUGCACAAAGCGGCGGAUGUCAAGGCAUUAUCAACACUUUGUAAUAGUUGGGUUAGUGGAAUGUCUAAGUUUAUCACAAAUUGCAGUAAAUGUGAUGGUGAAGACUAUGUAUUCAUGGAUGGAGCUAAGUAUGAACUGGUGAAAGAUAUAUGUGAAACACUUAAUUUGAGCUUUUUGUGCCAAAUAACCAUAAAUGUAGUCCUACAAACAGUGUGUAUACCAACUUACCAUAAUAACACCAGUUACCAGACAAAAUCAAAUAAGUUUGUACCUAAAUCCAAUCAGACGCUUGUCACAAAUGCUGCCCUAAAAAUUGGUGAUGAUAUUAUCAACAAUUAUUCAAACGUUAAGGGCUAUAUUUUACACUAUAAGGCAGAAACUAUUGCCAAUAUUGGUGGGUUUUUUUUGUAUGCAUUAGUUAAAACUGCUAAAAUUGGAGUUCCCGGGGAUGUAGCUAAAUUGCAACUUCAGGUGGAGUUGAAUGCGUUUUUAAAUCAUCUGAAGUCGAAAAUAAUCAAGUCUAAUGGCAAUGAAGUUGAGUUUCAGCAGACAAUUGAUAAUUUAGGCAUUAAUGACGAUGCAAAUAACAAUGAGUUGCAAAAUAAGUUGAGUGAUUUGUGCAAGAAAUACAAGACAAAAUUCCCUGGUUUACCAGAACAAUGGGCAAUCGAAUCUAUGGCCAAUGACUUUGACAAGUGUGUAUACAUUUCUUCCUUUACCCAUUCUCUGGAGAGGUUUUACGGGAAAACAUUCGGUGUAAUAGGUAUAAGGGAUUGUUGCUGGUCAUAUAUCAAGGAUACGAUUGCCAAGAGUUUGCAUACCCAAUCUUACUUACCAAUGGUCAUUGAGCCCAGGCCAUGGACCAAAUAUAACAAGGGUGGUUGUUAUUCAUCCAAAGCCAUAUUCAUUCGUACUCCCACUGGAAGUUACUGUGAUUAUUCGGUUUAUGACUUUACAAGAGUGUUCAACAUUGUUAAUGCCAUUAGCAGAGUGCCUUGGAAAAUUAAUACUCGUAUGCUGAAACUGAUAAGCUUGGCUUGGGACAGUAGUUCGGCCAGGUUAAAUUUAUGGCCUCACUUGCCCAUAAAAUCAAAGAUAAGCUUAUUGCCUGAUGAUUUAAAUGAGAUAGAAAAUAUAAAAAUGUAUGCAAAGGACCCUAAAGUGGUGGAGUUUCAAAAUGCAAGACUUUCCACCGAAACCCCUUUAUUGCAACGCCGCCUUAGCAUUGCAAAGGAGUUUAGCAAUGCCGCGGAAAUAUAUUUUCCUCACAAUAUAGACUUUAGGGGCCGAUUAUAUCCCAUGUCUAGCCAUUUGAAUCACAUGGGUGAUGAUUUAUGUCGCAGUUUACUGUUGUUUGCUCGAGGUAAACCAUUGGGCGACCGGGGCCUAUUUUGGCUGAAGAUUCAUAUUGCUAACUUGUUUGGACAGGAUAAGAUUCAGUUUCAACAUAGGCUUGACUGGGUUGAAGAUAACAUUAAAAAUUUUGAACGAUUGGUUAAAAUUUUUAAUCCAUCAUUAAUUGAUAUACCAACAAAAUUGCUAGAAGAUGACGUAUGGAAUUUUUGGAUUUCAGCAGAUGAUCCAUGGCAAGCAUAUUCUGCAAUAACGGAGCUUCUAAAUGCAUUGAAAUUGGAUGAUCCAGAAGAAUAUAUAUCGUGUAUUCCAAUACAGCAGGAUGGUUCAUGCAAUGGAUUGCAGCAUUAUGCUGCAUUAGGUAGGGAUUAUAAUGGAGGAUCUGCGGUAAAUCUCACCCCAUCCGAUUCACCGCAGGAUGUAUACUCUACUGUAUUGCAAGCUGUUAUUGAAAAGGUACAAAAUGAUAAUGUGAUUGGCGAGAAAGACUAUGAAAUUUCUGCCAAAUGCGUACAGUUGGGAUUGCUGAAGCGGAAGGUUGUAAAACAGACGGUGAUGACGAUCUGCUACGGCGUAACUAGAAGUGGAGCUGUAGAACAAAUCAAGCGCCAAAUAAUAGAGCUAUAUCCCUCCCAGAUGCAGAUAGAAGAGGUACAUUCUUUGUCACAGUAUAUAGCUGACAAAAUACUGAGCUCGAUAAACAAGGUAUUUAAGGAGGCUAUGAAGAUCAAGAGGUGGUUGGAUAAAAUUUCACUGGCACAUAAUUCUUUGGGUAUACCUAUCAAUUGGCUUUCUCCAAUUGGAUUACCUUGUCAUCAACCUUAUUCAAAGUACACCAAAAUGCAUGUAGUUUCUCCACUACAAUGUCUAAAUAUAUCUGAUCCAGAUCCUGAUAACCCAGAUAAGCAGAAGCAAAAACUGGCCUUUCCUCCUAAUUUUAUCCACUCAUUGGAUGCAACGCAUCUAAUGAUGACUGCUGAAGCACUGUUAAUCAAUGAUAAAAGGCUGUGUAAUUUUGCCGCUGUACACGACUCUUACUGGGCACUACCCAGUGAUGUUGACACAAUGAAUGUUGCAAUCAGAGAGGAAUUUGUGAAAUUGUAUAGGCAACCAAUACUCAAGAAUUUAUAUCAGUUUUGCAGUGAUAGGUUGGGAUAUUUGGGUAAUGAGUUAAUACCUGAACCACCGGAAAUAGGUUCACUUGACAUUGACGCUGUAACAAAGUCCAAGUAUUUUUUUCAUUAA